AAACCAGUUGGUCCUUCACGUUGCGCAAGUAUUGGAUGCUUAUCUGUAGUAACAACAAGUAUUUGAGUUCUUAGAGGAACUCUCUGCCAGUUUAACUGACUUGGCCACCAGAGAACUUAGUAUGUUAAAAGACUUGAAGAAAAAAGAGGAAGGAGAUUUUCCUUUUGGAAUUGAGGAUCUGUUGUACUAUGUGAAGAGAAUUGAGGGACAACAAUUUAAUCUGGACCUUGGAGCUCUUAAACAAUACUUUCCGUUCAAUUUGGUCAUGUCAGGGAUCUUGAAAAUCUGCCAAGACCUUUUUGGUUUAAGAUUCGAAGAAAUUGCAGAUGCUGAGGUUUUUGGCACUGUGAUGUUCACCUUUAUUCAGUCUAUGACUUAUCUUCUAGUGAACUUUUGGGCUAUUUCUGCCUUGAUAUGUUCUCCAGGGAGGGAAAAGAUGGUCACACCUGUGUUGUGGCUCUUCAGAAUGGUUCUUUUGUCAAUGGUGUACGAAAGAUUCCUGUGGCAUUACUUACUUCUCAGCUUCAAAAGGAGUUGGUCAUACUGGGUUGUUGAGAUUCUCUGAAGUGGUUAAUCUUUUCCAUGAAUUUGGCCAUGUGGUUUGCAGAGGGGAUCACAAAAAAUACCAUUGAGGACACGGGUCAUUCUAUAUGGGCGAGUACUGUAUUGCGCCGAGGCUGAGGUGGCGAGUGUGUACUCUCUACCUCUCAUUAGUAGAAAGCAGAGCAAAGCAGAGCAUGUCCCUUUCCAUUGCUUCUCUCUCUCUCUCUCUCUAAAUGUAAAUAUAUGUAUAUAUACACACAUAAAUCUUAGGGUUUAAGCAAGCAGAAUGCAUAGCAGCAAUGUGUGUGGUUUCAUUAAAGAACCAGGUUAGGAGGCGAGCAGUGGUUAUGGCUGAACUGGUAUUGUUAGUAGCACCACCAAAGCACCCAUGUCUACGUCACCACUGACAGAACAGGUCCCAUAGACAAAGACAUGUGACACGACACAAACAAGCUAACAAAACACAUUUUUUAAGGUGAUGAAAUGGUGUCUAUCAACAACUCGACAUGUCAGAUUCAAGUUGGAGGGGAAAGCAAGUUCUAAGUCAGAGAAAAUGCUGCCUAGCAUUAACAAAACCAGUGGCUCCAUUAUUGGCAAUUAUCUGAAUCCCGUAUCAUUUUCGCGUACAACCAUCAAAGACAAUGUUGCGAACAUUCAUCAGGAAAAAUUGUUCUUAAGGCUCUAGGGUUUUGCUGAACCUUCCGUAUUCAUGAUUCAAUUCGUAUUCAAUACAUUAAAGCUCUAGGGAUUUGAGAGCAAGCGAGCGAAGUCAAGAAAGUUGGCCUGCCAGAACAAGGGAAGGAACUAGGAAUUCUUCAGGCGAGAGAAAUCAAGAUAUUCAAUACACUAAAGAUCUAAGGAAUUUUGUAGAGAAAAUGGGGUCGGGGGAAACAAGGAAUUCUUCAGAACAUAGUUCAAUGGACAUGUACAGCAGACUUAAGCCCUCCUUAGACGAUCUAAAAGGAAAAAUUGCUUUUAAGGCUCUUGGGUUUUGCUGAAUCUUCUGUAUUCAUGAUUCAAUUCGUAUUCAAUUUGAAAUGUUUGAUGCAUUAAAAGAUUCAGGAUAUGAGGUUGGCGAUAUGGUAUGGGGGAAGGUCAAAUCUCAUCCGUGGUGGCCAGGGCAAAUAUUUGAUGAAGCUUUAGCUUCUCCAUCAAUCUGUCGUGCAGAGAAAGAGGGUCAAGUUUUGGUUGCAUUUUAUGGUGAUGGCACCUAUGGUUGGUUUGAACCAGGUAGACUCAUUCCUUUUGAUUUUCACUAUACAGAGAAAUCAAAGCAGACUAACACUCCGGAAUUUUUAACUGCUGUUGGGGAGGCUGUGGAUGAGGUGAAGCGGAGAGCUGCACUUGGCUUGACUUGUCGUUGCCGGAAUCCUAACAUAUUUCGCCCUAAAAGUGUUGAAGGGUUCUUUGAAGUGGAUGUGAGUGGCUUUCAACCUGGUGGUCUGUAUUCAAAGAAGCAGAUCGAAAGGGCUAGAGAUGCUUUCCAGUCAUCCAAGAUACUUUCUUUUGUGAAACAAUUGGCAUUGAUGCCGCAGGAUGAUGUGCAAAGAAAUGUUGAAUGGACGAAUAAUGUAGCUUUAGUUCUUGCUUAUCGGAGGGCAGUGUUUGAGGAGUUUGAUGAGACCUAUGCUCAGGCAUUCAGGUUACAACCAGUACGCCCUGGAGUUUCAGUGGUGGGUUUACAUAACCCAGAAAAAGCACCACUGCAAGCUCCAUUGAGUGGUCAACUAAUGAUCAGUGAAAGCCUAGGCAAACGCAAGGCCUUUGAAGAUAGGGUAAAAGUCAAGGACCAACAAAACAGAAAAAAAUCUCUUUCCAGGCAGAGCAAUGAUCAGAAAACUUCAAAAGUGCCAAAAUUUGGCAAGGCCGGUAUUUGUAUCUCAGAAAAUAGAGUUCCACUAGUUUCUAUGAAGCCUAAGUUUUUGGGAAAUCAGGAUACAGAUGGGAAUGUCAGAAAAGGAAAAGAAGCUAUUACUACGGAUAAGCAUCCAAUACUUGCGCAACGUGAAGGACCAACUGCUUUACUUGUUGAGCCCCCCCACAUUGAGAAAGUGAAGGACCAACCUUCUGCUCUAAAAACAUUGAAAAAGCCGUUCAGACCAGAUGAUCCAGCAAAGGCUGGCAGCAAAAGUCGAUCCUCUUGUAAACAGGAAGAGAAGUCCAUGAAGAGACCCAAAAAAUACAGGAAGCUAAGUUCAUUGGCUGCAGAAAAUAAGGAAGGCAGCCAGAAGCAUUUGAAAAUUCGAGGAGAUGAAAAAAUGGUGGGUUCAUCAGUGUCGACAAAGCCAGAAAUACUUGAGGGGCCUUCUGAACCAGCAAUGUUGACGAUGAAGUUCCCGCUUCAUUCAAAGCUGCCAUCAGUGCCAGAACUAAAAGCGAAAUUCGUACGCUUUGGAAGUCUUUACGAGUCAGCCACUCGCGUGUUUCAGAAUUCAUCAACUGCCAAGGUUGUUUUUAAGAACAAGUCUAGUGCUGAGGCAGCGUAUAAUCACGCAGUCCUCAACAGAACUUUCCUUGGCAACAUUAAGGUAAAUUACUGCUUGCAAAUUUUAAAUGUUUCAGCCCCAGAGUUGCCUGAAUCCGGUGAGUCAAGCAAGCGGCUUGUGGAAGGAUCUCUUGAACCAAAGUCUACAGCAAUUCAGCAGUUGCCUCUGCACCCAAGUGUCCCCCUAAAGUCGAUUCUGAAGAAGUCGCCAGGUGAUGAAAUGGUGUCUAUCAACAGUGUUAAGACUGUGACACGACAUGUCAGAUUCAAGUUGGAGGGGAAUGCAAGUUCUGGGAAAGAUAAAAUGCUGCCAAGCAUUAACAAAAUCAGUGGCUCCAUUAUUGGCAAUUAUCUGAAUCCUAUUUCAUCUUCGCGCACAACCAUCAAGGACAAUGUUGCGAACUUUCAUCAAGUAAUGCCCCCAACUUUGCCGCCUCAGCUUUCUCUCCCUUCCCAAAUCCCGGCUAUGCAUGAGAAUCGCAGUGUUGGUCAUGUUGUCAAUGCCAUCAACAAGGAAUAUCUCCAAGGCGAGGCAACGAGCAGCAAGAGCUGUCAGAAUGCCAGUGCCCCGACCAACAGCAUUGACAUUUCUCAGCAGAUGUUAUACCUGUUGAAGAAGUGCAGUGAGAUUGUAGCCAAUUUGAAGAGUUCGUCCGGAUAAGUGGCUUGCCAUGCUUUUCGGAUGGAAUUAUUUACUAAACUCAUGCCAUUUUAAAACAUAUUUUGGACUUAUUUUCCGAACUUAUGUUGUUUUUAAGUCGUGUGAAGUUGUGAUUUGGAAACAGGACUUUAAAGAACAAUCUGGGUCUUAGAAAUAAAUUCAAAACAAUUUACAUUUGGGAAAUCUAUUUCAAAAUAACAAGGGUUUGG